GCGAUCCCAUCCCAUCUCUAGCAUGCUUAUGUAAGCUAGCAUUGGCAGAAGCAGUCUUUUCUUGCUUAUGUGUCUUCUUCUGUUUAGAAUUUUCAGAGCUUGUUUCUAAAAAAAUUGUUAACUUUAUAUUUUCUUAUUAACCUUGGACAGUGACCAUUGACCAUAAUAACAAGCUGCUUUCCUUGAAGUUAAGUAAAUGGUUAUCAAUCUACCCAUUUUUGGGAGAACAAAGCUCUAACAUAAAUCAAAUUUAGAGAGUAGUCCCCGAAAUCAUCAGAAGCAAAGAAAAAAGAAGAAUAUAAUGAAGAAAGAAAGUGAUGUGUUAGUGAUUGAUUGUAGAUCAAUGGCCGGUGUUUCACCUAUGGCAGCUAGUUCUCUUGCCCAACAGCCAUUCCCAACACCAUCGCCGUUCACUUUCUCAAUUGCCUCUGCCAGGUCGAACACUAGACCUUCUAUCCAUCUUUGCUCUCUCAUCCUUCGGUUCUCGGCACUUAUUUUCUCCUUUGUAUGCGCUCUCUCACUGGCCACAUCAACACCAAAGAAACAAGGCAGAGCACCUUCUAACUUCAAUGAGUACCCAGAAUUAAUGUACUGCUUUAUUGUAAACAUAUUUACUUUCAUCUACUCGGAUUUCCAACUUUUCAAAGGUGUCUGUGACAUUACCUAUAGAGGCAUUCUCAUCCCAGAUAUGAUCUCAGACUACAUUAGCUUCAUCCUCGAUCAGCAUUUGACAGUUGGUGGGUUACCUUCUCAUUUCGUCAUCCUCAGUAGCAAUACCAGCUAUUCAACGCAUUAAGCACACUGCAUCACUCUCGAAGGCAACCAUCAUUGCCAUCAGUAUGUCCUUUGUAACUUUCCUUGCAAUUGCCACUUGCGGUCUCUUGUCAGGCUACAAGCUUUGUAAGAGGAUCAUCUGGUGAUGCUUCAGGUUGCUUGUGCAAAUAUUAUAUAACCUGAUCAGCUUCUCAAGCAACUUCUUCUUACUUAUGUUGUAAUGUUAAUCAACUAUGAUACUUCUCCAAUAAAAUAGCUUCCAAUACAAUUGAAUGCUGA